AUGGCAGACUUCCCCCCUAAUUUAUCAAUAAGACCAUUAACUAUAGAAGAUAUUGAUCAAUGUAUUCAACUUGAAAAUAAAGGUUUUAAUGAAGAUGAACGUUGUACUCCAGAAAAGUUUCAAUAUAGAUUAAAUGUUUGUCCAGAAUUAUGUUCAGGAUUAUUUAUUAGAGAAUAUGAAUAUAAAUAUAAUGCAAUAAAUUUACCUGAAAUUGCUGAUAAAUUAGAACAACAACAUCGAAAUCAACAAAUAGAACGUCAGCUUACUAAUAAGGAUGGCAAAGAUGAAGGUAAUGCUGCUACCGCUGAAGACGAUGAUGAUGAUGAUUUACCUAGUAAAUCAUCAGUUGUUAAUGAAACUUUAAUUGGACAUAUUAUUGCCACCAAAGUUGCAUCAAAUACAAUUACUGAAGAAUCAAUGGAAUUACCGUCAUCUGAUAAACCUGGUUCUGGUCAUGUAGAAAGUUCAAGACAUAUUGGUAUUCAUUCAAUUGUAAUUGAACCUGAAUGGAGAGGUAAGAACUUAGGUGCUUUAUUAUUACAUGAUUAUAUUCAAAAAUUAUCAAAUCAAGAUUUAGGUGAUCAAGUUAUAUUAUUAGCUCGUAAAGAUUUAAUUACAUUUUAUGAAAAAAUUGGUUUUAAUAAUUUAGGUGAAAGUAAAUGUAAACAUGGUGGAUCUAUUUGGUAUGAUAUGGCAAUUGAUUUAGUUGCAACUGAUGAUCUUUAG